CUGCGCUGGGCGCUCCUCGCCGCGCUCCUCCACGCCGUGGGCGGCCGGGAAUAUUCAUUGCCUUAUACACCACAGUCUGCUCAAUGCAAAGAUCCCCUCACUGAAUUCUAUGAAGAAAGACUUAAUAAAUGUUGCAGCCAGUGCCCUCCAGGUCAGUUUAAGACGGAGAGCUGCAGUCACACUGUGGACACAAAGUGCAGUCCUUGUAGACCCAACACAUACACAGCAAUCUGGAAUCGGUCUCCCCAGUGCUUUGCCUGCUUGCCACCCUGCAGGAAAGGAUUUGUGCAGAAUCAAACAUGCACUACAUCACAGGACAGAAUCUGUAGCUGUCCACCCAAUGAGUACUGCAUUUCGAGAAUAUACGAGUACUGCACAAUAUGUAAGGUGCAUAAAAAAUGUGGAAAAGGUUAUCGAGUUUCCAGAAGAGGGACAGACAGCACAGAUACAGAAUGUAAACCUUGUCCCCCUGGCACGUUUUCACGUGAGGAAUCUUACGAUACCAGCUGUAUACCCCAUACAGUUUGUAAAUCAGUGGCUGUUCCUGGAAACAGCACGAAUGACACUGUUUGCAGUGACUCAGGAUCAGUGGUUGCCACAGUUCUACCUCACACUAUUUUGAACUUGCUCUUGACUCAAAGCGCAGCCUCCAGCAAACCUGAAAUAAUAACUCGAUCUGUCACAUUAAACUCUGACAUGUCUCAGAUCAUUGGAGCAGUAGCAGGACCAUUGUUACUGGUCCUGAUAAUAAUUAUUUUGAGUUAUUGCUUAGUCUCCAAAAAAAAAGCUCUUGUAUAUUCUUCACCGGCUACAGAAGUAGAUUCGCCUUUUUCCCCUACAGAAAAGCCGUGUGACAAAAAAGUAAGAAAUACAGGAUUGCAAAACUCCAGCAGUUCUGAACAGGAGGAACAGCAUCUCUUGGAAACUUCUGGGUCCAGCAGUAGCUCCCUGAAUAAUCCAAGUGGAUCUGCAAGAGUCAACGGAAUAAGUAACAAGAACAAUGGAAAGAAAGAAACAGAGAGAUUUCAGCAGCAACAUUCAGCUGCAGAAGGUUGUAAGCGUCACAGUGGAGACAGACACAGCUCUGCGAGUUCAGAACAUUCUGGUAACGGAGGAACACAGGUGAAUGUGACUUGUAUUGUGAAAGUGUGUGGUCCAGACUGCAGCUCCCUAUUCCCAGAACAGACUAGUUCAACCAGCAUGGAUUAUGGAAAUGUUCCCUAUUAUUCCCCAAUAGGGGAAGAAAUUCCCCUUUCAAAAGAAGAAAACCCCUUGAAAAAAGAAACUGAAAUUCAGAUUUCAGUGGAAAAUGAGGACAAUGUACUUCAAGACUUACUUCCAGAAGAAAAGAAGUUUCCUCUGGGUAUUCAAGAUGCAGGAAAGAAAACCAGUUAA